AUGAAUCAGUCGAGUUCCAGUCACAACGGAUCACUGGUAUCUUCUCGUGAACCGUACCAUGUGGCAGUGACCAAGAACAUGAUCGUUUUGGCUCUGGGCCUAACUAUAAACAGCAUCAACGGAAUGCUCGUCCACACCUUCUCGAAGCAUCAGAUCUUCUACACCACGCCUCGCUACAUCCUCUUCAUUCAUCUUGUGAUCAACGACAUGAUCCAGCUCACUACCUCAGUCAUCUUGCACAUCAUCCGAAAGCAGCAGGAAGGAAGGACCUGCAGAACCUCUCUUCCACACAGUGAAGGACGUCCACAGGGCCCAGCAGACCUCCUCGCACGCCACCCACCCACUUUGGACAGAGUGGGUUGA